CACGGUUAGCGCUUGCGGAGACCGAGCUAUGAAAAAUGAAAUUAAUUUCGCGAGUGUAUUAGUGAUGAUAAAUGAUAAUAAUCGCUUGUCCAGCCGUUUCGAGUUUUUACUUGGGUCUCGUUACAAUUAUUGAAAAUACUGACAUGUUCAAAAUAUUUUUAAAUUGUAGUUUGUACCAAUUAUAUUGUUAAUUUUCUACUUUAUCAUAAACACAGUUGCAAAAGUGAUUUGUUUUACAAAAACUUUAACCUUGGUCUUAAAAUGGUUCAAGAUGGUUUUUAUUCAGGACCUUAUAUCAAGAAUGGGUUGCUGAGUGAAUAAAUAAAACAAUAUGAGUGCUCAUAGUGGUUGUAUGAGUUGUAAUGAAAACUCAGAGCAUUUUGAAUCUAAAAUAGAGGCUGAAUGUUCUGAAGCAGAAGAUGCCCAAAUUAGACUGGCGCCGCAUGUGCAAGCUUACUUGGCUCAUAAUAACUCAACUACAAAUUGUUGUGGUUUUGCAAUACCAAUUGCCUUUGAAAGAGCCGCACCGGGAACAUGGUGGAAUCCAAGGUUUGACUCACCUAUACUUGAGGGCCAGUACAGAAGUAGCUCUUUUAGACAGAUAAGAUUAAGAUUUAGAUUUGCACUUUUAUACAUUUUGAUAUUUUCCAUUUCAUGGUUUACCUAUUUUGUGGUACUUGGUCUAAAUAAUGUGACUAUAAAAUGGCCAUUUCUAUGUUUAAUAUUUGCUGGAGUAUUGUUAAUUACAUCUGUAAUGUUGUUUUUAACCUUUACUCAAAUAUAUAAAGUACAUACAAUCAGAUUAUCCAUGACUAUGGCUCUUGCUCUGUGUACCCUCAGCUUGUCCCUCAUAGCCGUGACAACACAAUUAGAUCCAAAUUCACGUUUUAUAGCCGAUAUAAGUCAAUCAGGUCACUUCACCAUGUGCAUUGAAAUACUAUUGAUAAUCUAUACUUUGACCCCUUUACCCCUCUUUGCUUGUGUCUCAAUAGGGUUCUUGUAUUCUAUAGCUUUUGAGACCCUCAAUGUAUUCUUACAUUUAUCAGAACAAGAGUGGCUAUAUCCUGGAAUGUUAGUCAGAAUUUUACUUCAUUUUUGUGUGCAUAUAAUUGGUGUCCAUAUUUACCUUAUGACUUUUGUGAGAAUGAGGGGUACAUUUAUGAAAGUGGGUCAGAGUUUGCUCGUCAGAAGGCAGCUGGAGAUGGAAAAGCAGCUGAAAGAGAAAAUGAUUCAUUCAGUAAUGCCGCCAAAGCUUGCAAGUUGGCUGAUGGAGGAGCAAGUGACCGAAACGGAAACUAUAUCAAAAAUUCAUGAUCCUCUUCAGGCUAGAACAUCGAACCCUGGAGCUUCAGAUAUUAAAUCACUAUUCAGACCAUUUAACAUGAGUUCAAUGGAUAAUGUCAGCAUCCUAUUUGCGGACAUAGUUGGAUUUACAAAAAUGUCCAGUAACAAGGGUGCAGAGGAAUUGGUCAACAUAUUGAAUGACCUGUUUGAGAAGUUUGAUGAGUUGUGUCUAAUACAUGGGUGUGAGAAAAUCUCCACUCUAGGAGAUUGUUACUACUGCGUAUCCGGCUGUCCAGAACCGAGGCCCGACCACGCCACUUGCUGUGUUGAAAUGGGACUAGGAAUGAUAGAAGCGAUUCAAGAGUUCGAUCGGGAAAAAGGAGAGGGUGUUAAUAUGAGAGUAGGCGUCCACACGGGGACCGUCCUAUGCGGCAUAGUGGGGACUCGCCGGUUUAAAUUCGACGUCUGGAGUAAUGACGUAACACUAGCGAAUAAGAUGGAAUCAACGGGAAAGCCGGGCCGUGUGCAUAUAUCCGAGGAAACGAGCAAAUUCCUCGGGGGCUCCUACGUUUUGGAAGAGGGCGAGGAAGUUUUCGGUCAUAAAACCUACUUUAUAGAGGGCCGGCAGCUGAGUUCUCCGUACGACCACGAUUGCCUGACCCCAUCCAAUCCAGUGAACUUGCGUCUUAUCAUAUCUCCGGCCGCCUCCCCACAAUCGGCUCUCUCUAUCAGCCGAUCGCCCUUACCUGUCUCCGCGAAGACCGGCGACAAUUCUGGCGACGACAAAACAAAACCUGAUGCCAAGUUCUCCAACUUCCUAUCGCCGGGCCCGUUUAGUUUUCGUAAUAAAGCCAGCUCUCUGCCGAGUAUUUUGGACUCGGACACGGAGUUAGAAGAGAAAAGAGAUAAGCGGUUCGUGAACGGAAACGAUACCUCAUCGAAGAGUCCCACGUCUAUCGGCAGCUGCGGAAAGUACACAAACAAAAUAAAACAAUGGAAGGUACCAAAGUUUUUGAGAAAGCACUCGGACACCCCGUUACACGAAAUGAAGAAACAGAACUUCAGCGCCAAAGCCAUACAUAUAGUGGAGUGUGGAGACGCGCAGACCAAUAAUGGUUACCGCAAAGUACCGAUUGUUAUAGAAUCUCACGAGAAAGCAAGACAGAGCAGUAGCAAACUGAAUAGCCGUACGAAUGAGAUGUUCGAGAGGGAAAUAAUCGAUAUCCGAUCGUAUUUAAGUCAGUCUCGAAGCAACAUGUCGCCUUUUGCGAGGAGCAGCAGCUACAGGUCGCAGUAUGGGAGACCUACGUUAGAGCCAGGGCCAGUUAGUCGCGCUCGCAGUUCCACGUUGGCCACGCAAGGUGAACUAAUCAGGCCAAAGGACAGGAAAUUGAACCUGCCCGUACCGAACCAUCCCGGCAGACUGCCCGAUGAUAUCGUCAGCCUAUGCCCGUCUGUCAACAGCAGGAAGGAUUCAGGCAUCAGAAGCACUAGUAGGCGAUCUAGCAUACAGCAGCAGAUCUUCGUAUUGAAUCACGUCUCGUUGGCGACCUCCCAAGUGGAUAUAAUGCAGCAAAGGGUUUCCGGGUAUUACACUUCGAGCCAAUCGUCCCUCGACAUCCCCCCCCGCUCCAAGCUCCCUCCGCCGCUCGACGAGGAGCAAGUUCGGUCCUUGCAGAAAUUGCGAAAGCAAUCCGACCUUCAGCUCAUCCGAUGCGUUCAGGACAACGCGAGAUCCGGAAUCAACUAUUUCGUUCAGCCGCCAUUGAACGGGCUCACGCUUUUCUUCAAAACGCCGGACAUGGAGAGGCACUAUCGCGACAGAGCCCACAGAAGCGACGACUGCGAAGAUUUCCCUCCGACCCUGACCACGUCGCGCUUCAACACCGCCCUCGACAUCUUGGUGUCGUCGAUCAUAUUCGUUAUAGUCGCGGCCUCCAUCAUCAUAGUCUACGAGGAGUGGCGGUUCUCCAUCGGGUGGUUUAUCGCGUUCGUGUCCAUCGAAGUGGCGGCGAUGUCUCUCUGCGUGUACAGGCACUAUCUCAAGUGGAGGUCGAAGAUGGACCCCGACGACGUCGCGCAGACCCUGCGGAGGGCCGUCAGAGUGUUUCGGAAGAUGUCGAACUGGUACCCGUGGCACUUGUCCGGCAGCCUCCUGAUAAGUCUGCCCAUUCUGGCCGUCCUGCUGAACUUCUCUUGCCAGAUCACAACUUUGACGAUACUGAAAGGCAAACAGUCGUUCUACAUCUACCUUUUGAACGUGUGCAUCGUUCACUUUUGCAAUUUCACUCAGAUGAGUUGGCUCGUGAAGAACGCCUUGGUGACUCUCUACGCGGCUCUGUUCCUGUUUCUGUCCCUCCUCGGCUGCCGCGACGUGAAUACUCAAUUUCUGGAAUCGAUCGAUAUCACGCCGAGUCUGAAGCUAUUCGCUGAAAACAGCACAAACGUCACGGAUUUUCUCUUAGAGGACUCGAUGGGGAGCAACGGCACGAGGGCGUCGGCCACCGUUCGCCACGAGAUGCAUUUGAAGGAGCUCUACCUGGACGUCGUGUUGCUGCUGAUCCUGGUUUGGUUUCUGAACAGAGAGUUCGAGAUAAGCUACCGACUCAGUUUCUACAGCAACGUGGUCGCGAACAGAGACAAACAGAAGGUCCAAACCAUGAGGAAUCAGGCGGAUUGGUUGCUGCACAACAUCAUCCCGCGGCACGUCGCAGACCAACUGAAGAGCACCGCCAAAUACUCCGAGAACCACAAGGACGUCGGCGUCAUCUUCGCGAGCAUCGUCAACUUCAACGAAAUGUACGACGAGUCGUAUCUCAAGGGCAAGGAGUAUCUGCGCGUCCUCAACGAGCUCAUAGCGGACUUCGACGAACUGCUGGAGAGGCCGGAGUUUCAGCACGUCGAGAAGAUAAAGACGAUAGGCAGCACCUUCAUGGCGGCCAGCGGCCUCGACCCCGACCUCAGGCAUUCCCUGCGAGGCCCCCGCGAGCACCUCCACCAGCUCAUGGAUUUCGCGCUCGAGAUGCAAAAAGUCGUCGACAAUUUCAAUCAGGACUUGCUGGAGUUCGACUUCAUCCUUCGGAUCGGGUACAACUUCGGCGACGUCACCGCCGGAGUCAUCGGCACUUCGAAGCUGUACUACGACAUCUGGGGCGACGCCGUGAACAUCGCCUCGCGGAUGGAUUCCACGGGCGUCCCCGAGCGGAUCCAGGUGGGCGAGGCUUGCGCGUCGGCUCUCUCGUCGCGGUACGACUUCGAGCCCCGGGGCAGCGUCUACGUCAAAGGCAAGGACGACAUGAACGUGUUCCUCGUCAUCGGCAAGAAGGGCGCGUAGUCGGCUAAGUCGUCUUCUUUAAGAGAAGUGGAAUCUGUGAUUUAACUAUUUAUCGUUUAUCGUUUAACGUAAUUAUACAAAUUAUAAAUGAAUCGGUGUAUUGAAGAUUGUCUAUUUAUUGGGCGUGAAUGAAAAGUUGACGUUAUCUUAGAAGAAUACGAAUAAUUAGCAAUAAAGCGUAACUUUGUACUCGGAGGCAAGAAAGACUCGAGGCGAAGUUCUUAAAUUGCAUUCGAUGUGUCGGCUUUUGUGAUUCCAGUGAUCUAGUCCGUUCUCACCCGCUUGACUAUACUAGAUGUUUCGUUCUAAAUAAAAAACACACAUAUUUAAUUUAAUGAAGAACAUAUAGAUUUUUCUCGUACGUAAUAUUACGUAAGCUAAUGACCUAUAUAUCUAUCUUAAGUAUAAAUAUUACAAUCUAAUGAAAUAUGCAUAAAUGAUUCAUAUAAAUCUAGCCGAUUAAAUUUGAUUAUUUUAAGUUUAUUUAACAAUGAUUUUACUAAGUUACGGCUACAUUCAAACCAUAAAUUAUUCAAUAUCAACCUCUUCUACCCGUUGCCAUUUUUGAUGAGUCAUUAAAGUAUACGUAUAAUAUAAUGGAAUUGUGAUAUUUUAAGUUAUUCCUAUUUUGUUGUGACUGUGUUUUAUUUAAUUAAUAGCUGCAACUGAAAAUAUAACGUUGCGAGUAAAUUUUGAAAUGCGCGAUCCCAAAGUUGACCCCAUCGCCAUCGCAAGCUCAGUACCGGCCCAGAUAUUAAACCCAUCAAACCACUCGGCCCUAUUCUAUAACGUGGACUAAUCGUUACAAAAUGUAUAUACAACAGGUUUCCUGAACCUGAAUGCUUAGAUUAGUCUAUUGAGUUUAGAUUAGUCUAUGUUUUGUCAAAUUGUUUUAUGCGUGUAAAUAUUUUUAUGAAAAAUGUUAGAAUUCCGCGAAAGCCCCGGAGGCCGCUCGACUUGUCGAACUAGACUCAAGUGACGAGAAUUCCUUAAAGAUUCGCACUAAGCGUGCAGAUUAUGUAUCAUAUAUAUUCGUCCUUUGGUUUCCGUUGUAUAUAUCCUUCAUGUUGUGUAUAAAAUCUAACAUCUCUUGCCAUACUGCUCUCCCAAGUCUGUAUUUUAUAAUUGUUUGUAUUUUUAUACUUUCCGACCAUUUAAAGUUACCUAAUUACCGGUUCCAGUAUUGUCUAUGUGACAAUUAUGGACGUACCGGGGUGUCUCAAACCCGUUUUGGAAAAGGACAAAUAGUGAGUUUAAAGAAUAAUUUCAAGUUAUUAGUAAUAGGUAUUGGUAAAGUAUACAUUGCGGGUUUGAUUGCACUGUUUCAAAAGUAGUUUUUGAAAACCCGGUAUGAUCCUGAUGCGAUUCGAAAAUAAAAUCGUCUCGUCUUGGAACAUUUCCGAAAUGAAAUGUAUGAAUGCUACACUAUGCCUUCUCUAUGUAGAUCUUCAAACUUAUGAUAAAAGCCUUACAUUCCACUUGUAUUUCGAAAGCCUUGAAAGUGUCUAUUCACUAUAUAAAUGAGAAUUUCUCGAGCAGAUUUCGAUUGAUGGACCAAAUCUGAUAAGCCUUAGCUCUCUUAAGUCUUCAUGAUGAUGACAUAUUUUGAUCGUUAUAUCUGUCAAAACCGUUUGCGAUUUUUAAAACUAUUUUCAGUAGCGACGAUCAAAAUAUGUUAUUCGUACUAUUUACAAGUAACCUAUGUACAUCGUGAAGGCUCAAAGUACUUUACUGUCUUAAAAACUAUGUAUUAUACGUUUACUUCCCAAAAUUAUUUGUAUUUUUUCAAACUCUACAGCGAAUAAAAUUAUGUGUGAAAAGUUAAA